AUGGCCAUUAAAGUCAAUUGGGCGAAGACAGCUAUCGCAUCCGGCGUUGUCGCUGCCGCAGCCGUUUUGCUAUAUUACGUGUUUAAGAACGACGAUGAGGAAGAAGAGGAAUAUGACUCAUAUAAACAGACCUUCAACUCUUCAACAAUGUCAACUAGUAGAGUGGAAAAGAUGACAAGAAAAGAAUGUUUCGAUUUGUUGAAGAAGAUUGCAGAUAGCCAAGAUGAAACCAAGAACUUAAUGGCAACACUAGUCGAUGAUAUAUUGAACGGGAGAUUGCCUUCAAAAAUACUAGAUGUGUAUCAAAGAGCAUUGCCAGCAAUUCCAAACGACCCAUUGGAAUCCAGAGGAUUAACCUUGUUUGACCUGGAUCACCUGGUCGAUAAGUACCAAAACGACCCCUCAAUCCGAGAGUGCAUACUCAACAUAAUGAACAUGGCUCCCACAGAAGGAGACGACGAGAACAUAUCGCUCGAUGAACUAAUUAAAGUACACGAGUACAUGCUCGCAGAGCUAGGUAAGAUGGUAUCUUCGUAUAGGAAGAUGCCAAACAAGGACUCCUUGGAUAAGAAGGCACUCACAGUUGCACUUCAGGCACUAAUCUCAGCCAAGGUCCAGGACAAGUUCGGAUACAGCUACUCCUCAAUUGACAGAGCUGUUAUCAAAAACCACACAGACCUAAGCAUGAACACCAAGUUCGCCAGACUCACCAUGCAAAUGCAGAGUGAAAUGUCUGAAAUCACAGGGUAA